AAAAUGCUUUAUUUUCUUUACGUUUUCAUAAGCGAACAUCGUUGUCAUGGGAACUUGUCAACGCCUCGAAAGCUUACUGGGACACGUAGUUUCGAACGUAUUUGUGGUCCCGACAUUCAGCAAAAAAUGAUAAGUAGACGCACUCCAUUACCCAGAAUCCUUUGCCGUCCAAGUUUGUGUUAGUUAUGUUGACACGUUUACGGCGUUCGUGUUUUACUCUGUGGUAACUUUUCUGCUAAUUUUUUGGCUUACCCAAAUUUGGUAUCGUACACGGUGGAAAUAAUAGACAAGUCAAUAGUGGGAUUUAGGAUUAUAUCGUAAUUUUAUGCAGAUGCAUAAAUAGUUGAGAUGGCAUCAUCAGGGUUCAAUUAUCACCUGUUCAGGUGGAAAACACUCGGGUCUCCCAACAAGAAACCUGUGAAGAAGGAUGACAUUAAUGAAUGGAGAAAGCGAGUGGAGAUGGCCUCUGAGUUAGCCGUGUCUGAAGUCUUCUCCCACAGGAAACCUCAAUCAGCAAUAAAUAGAGUGGCUGUACCUUUGGAAAGCUCUGAACAGUUGAGGGAUCAUGAUGACGCUUACAGUGAAGCUCAGGCUCUUCUAGAUGACUGGCUGAGUGAUAAGUUACGGAAAGAGCUGGACAUGGAGGAUGACGAUGAAUUGAAGGACCGUGUUGGAAACGCACAACCUCCUGCCGCAGCUAGUGCCCAGCCUACUUACAUCGAUUACGAAAAGUUUGACGAUCUUUAUGACUGUCUGGUCGAAGAAGAAGAACAAUUGGCUGUUGAGAGCUUCCUCCAAGAUCUAAUGAAGCAAGAGCUGCUGGACGGUGGAUUGAUGGCGGAGUUGACUUGCGAUGAUCGAGAAAAGCAGAAGAAGUUUAGAAAUCCAGCAAUCACCAUGGAAGCGCGACAUCAACAGGUGCGAGAGAACAGGGCACGAAGGGAGGCUGAGAAACAGAGGAAGAGGAGAGAGAAGGAAGCUCAGCAGGACGCCUGGCAGGAGGCGAAGAAGAAGGAGCAAGAGGAGGAGAAGAGGAAGAAGCAGCUGAAGCGCAGAGAGGAGGAGAUGGUGCAGCAGGAGAUGGCGAGACUGAGGCGACUGAUGGAGGAAAAGAAGGCCUUGGAACAUGCAGCUUGUCAGAAAGAGAAAGAGAAACGGGUGCAGAGAGCAGUCAGAAGCCUUGAGCCAACCCCUGCACUUCCCUCAAAGCAGCUGCUGAAGGAGUUUAAUCGACUACAACAAGAACAGAAGAUUCAGGCAAAGAUUAACAUGAGCAACCUCCAGUGUCUGCACAAGCAUCUGUCUGGAUGGCACUCAGUGGUGUUAAGGCGAAAGUUGCAUAUGAGUAAGGCGGUGGCCCUCUGUGAUUGGAGGAGGCAGCUGAGAGCGUGGCGAGCGUGGCGAGCCGUGGUGUGGGCGGAGCGCAGUCGGCGAGAGGUGGCGAGAACAGAGGAGCAACUGCGAAUAGAAAACAGGCAAUUCCAGCUGGCUGUGGAAAACGACCAGAGACGUUUGCUACGGCGAUGUCUGAGUGAGUGGCAGCUCUGGAGCCAGAGGGCGAAGUCACAACGGGACCUUUUGGCCCGGCAGCAGGAAACCAAAGCUAAGAUGGCUGCCUUGAUCGAUGCUGCAGCCACAGGCAAACUCACAGCCAUAGAAACUCCUGCCAAUUUACCAAUAUGUUUGGCCCAGGAGCCGCCGAGUAAAGAGGAUACAGAUGCCGAGAAGGGCCGCCAUGCAGCAGAGAUUGAGGUCCUAGAAGCGUCUACGGGACAUCAGAGUAAAAACUCUGUGGGUGACGCGGGCCAACCUCUUCGGCCUUGGCAGGUGACCAGACGCCACACUGCGCCCACUGCAGAAGAGCUACACGACGCACGGCAAAGGGUGGCGGACAACAGGGUUCUCGGUAACAAACGCACGGCAUCACCAGCUGGCAGGUUCGAAAACAGACACGCCGUCCAGAAGCAAAUCAUCACACAGCAGAGGAAACUCCUGAAGGAGCAGCAGGAGCAAAUCACCCGGCUGAAGGAAAAGCAGAUCUUUGCGGGGUUGGAGUUAGAAAUGGAGAAGGCUGCACAGAUUACUCAGCUGUCAGCGCUACAGGAAGCGAAGAGAUGCAGCUUUGCCCCCAGGGAACACAGCUGCAGCGCUUCAAAGGCUACAGGGGAGCGGGAUAGUCAGAACGCACCUUGCAGGAAACCUGUCAGGAAGCAGACGUGCCCCCAUCCCCUCAUCACAGGUCAGCCUGAAAGCUUAACAACAGGGAAUGUUCACAGAUGCGUUCAGUCCAUGGAAGCCCGAGCUCGACACCGUGCCGAACGAAGGCAGGAGGUCGAGGAAAUCAAGAGAAGGAAAGAAGAGGAAAAGUUGGCUGAGAUGAAAGCUGCCGAGGAACAAAGGCAGAGGGAGGAACAGGAGGAGAAACGCAAGGCAGCCGAAAAGAAGAGGGAGGAGAAGAGGCUGGAACGAGAGAGAGAAGCAGAAAGACAAAGACAAUUAAAAAGGCGUCAGGAGCUCAUGAGACUGGCCCGUCAACACCAUAACAAAACCUUGUUGUCGCAUCGAGGCCUGGCGCCAUGGAAACGCCUCAUGCAGUUAAGACGUGAAAACAUGGAGCUGGCCGAGAGUCAUCACAACCUCUUCCUGCUGAAGCAGUGCACCCUGGGAUGGCUACAGUAUGCAAGAGACACCCAGCGUGAGAGGGUGGCCUGUGCUGACCAACUGCAGAAGCAUUUUUUGCUGCGUUGGAGUUUAAACUGCUGGAAAAGACUGGUCGACCUGCGGAUGAUUCAGGAAGAGCGAGCCGAGCGUUUUUAUCGGAGGCGGACUCUGAGAAGGUUCCUGCUUGCGCUGCAGGACUAUGUGACCCUGCAGAGGCUGGCGGAGUGGGACCGUCGAAAACUGGCUCAGGAACACCGGGACAGGCGCGUCCUGCAGAGGUGUUUCCAGGCCUGGAGGCAGCUUCCCACCACGCUGCGGCGGGAAAGGGAGAGAGAGGUGCGGAGGGAGAAGCUGAGCAGGAAAGUGGCAGAGCUUCUGCCAGAUUUCUGCUCCCGUCCAUUAGGAGCGUCUGAGAGAGAAACCGUCUGAAGGCGACGAGCUGCAAAUCCGGACAAAAGCAUCAAAGCGUUACUCCAGCAGUGUCGGGUGAUAAAGAAAAGGCUCGGUCAUUUCUCACUUUCAUUUAAUCAAAUAAAUAAAAUCCAUUCAAAAUCC